AUGGCGUGCAACAGAAGCUGGCACAUCUUUUCUUUGUUCUUGUUAUUAAUUUCACAUGUUCAUGGCUUAACAAGCUAUGACCCUGAGUCUUUAGAUGAAUUGAUUCACCAAUACGCAAUGAAGGCACAAGCUAAGAAACGUACAGGUACUUCAUUAAAAGUUUCUCUCCCUGCUAAUUUCUCUGGCAUGGAAGUCUCGGUUGUUAGGCUAAGAAGUGGUCGUCUCUGGGAAAGAGGAGCCAAUUUCAGUUCUUUUUAUAUCCCACCAAGGGUUAUUCCAUUCCCAUUUGUGAAGAGACUAUCUAUUGUAUAUCAAAACUUGGGAAAUUGGUCUACUCGUUAUUACAGAGUGCCUGGUUAUUCGUUAGUCGCUCCUGUUGUUGGCCUCAUGGCUUAUGAUGCUUCAAAUUUAAGUGCAUCGGGUAAUGAGGCACUCAAGUUUAGCGUUCUGGGUGACCCCAUUUUGAUCAACUUUCCUAACCUUAUGACAAAAGGCAAUCUUGAGACAUUAAAAUGUGUCAAACUUGGUCCAGAUGGAUUGGUCCACUUUAGGAACUUAACGAAGGAAAAUACUUGCAUUACACAAGGUGAUGGUCAUUUUUCAGUUGCUGUUCAAAAUCCUGAAGUAGCGAAGAAUAACAGAGUUUGGAUAUGGUGGGUGGUUGGAUUUGCAGCUGGGCUUUUUGCAGUGGUUUUGUUGGGUGUGAUUGGAUACACCACUUUUAAACUAGUGAGGAGUAAACGAUUCAGAGAAAUGGAAGCAGAGUCUGAAAGUGGGGUGGUUCUUGAUACAACUUCGAUUGGAAGAAGUAAAAUGCCUUCAGCACCAAUGGUUAGAACCCAGCCAACCCUUGAGCAAGAUUAUGUUCCUUGA